AUGUCGGGCGGGCCCCCCAAGGCCCUGCCGUCCACGGGGCCCCACUCCCUGCGCGACAUGCCGCACCCGCUGGCCGGCUCCAGCAGCGAGGAGGCCGUGGGCGGUGACAGCACGCCCAGCCCGGACCUGCUGAUGGCCCGCAGCUUCGGCGACAAGGAUCUCAUUUUGCCCAAUGGUGGUACUCCAGCAGACACUUCAAGCCCAGCUUCUUCAUCUUCCCUUCUCAACAGGCUUCAACUUGAUGAUGACAUUGAUGGUGAGACCAGAGAUCUCUUUGUCACAGUUGAUGAUCCGAAGAAGCAUGUGUGUACGAUGGAGACCUACAUCACGUAUAGGAUCACCACCAAAAGCACUCGGGUGGAGUUUGACCUGCCAGAGUAUUCUGUGCGGCGAAGAUACCAGGAUUUUGACUGGUUGAGGAGUAAACUGGAGGAGUCCCAGCCCACUCAUCUCAUUCCCCCGCUUCCUGAGAAGUUUGUGGUAAAAGGUGUUGUGGAUCGUUUCUCAGAAGAGUUUGUGGAGACCAGAAGAAAAGCUUUGGAUAAAUUCUUAAAAAGAAUCACGGAUCACCCUGUGCUCUCCUUCAAUGAACACUUUAACGUUUUCCUCACUGCUAAGGACCUGAAUGCCUACAAGAAGCAAGGAAUGGCGCUGCUGAGCAGAGUGGGCGAGUCAGUAAAGCACGUCACUGGGGGCUACAAGCUGAGGAGUCGGCCUCUUGAGUUUGCAGCCAUAGGUGAAUACUUAGAUACAUUUGCACUCAAGCUCGGAACCAUUGAUCGAAUAGCUCAGCGGAUCAUCAAAGAAGAAAUAGAGUACCUCGUGGAGCUGAGAGAAUAUGGGCCUGUGUACUCCACAUGGAGUGCGUUAGAGGGCGAACUGGCUGAACCUCUGGAGGGUGUGUCAGCCUGUAUUGGCAACUGCUCCACAGCCUUGGAAGAACUGACUGAUGACAUGACAGAAGACUUUCUGCCUGUGCUCAGGGAAUAUAUUUUAUACUCUGACUCCAUGAAGAAUGUAUUGAAGAAGAGGGAUCAAGUGCAAGCAGAAUACGAAGCCAAAUUGGAAGCUGUGGCUCUGAGGAAGGAAGACCGCCCCAAGGUGCCAGCAGACGUUGAGAAAUGUCAGGAUCGGAUGGAGUGUUUCAACGCUGAUCUGAAAGCUGACAUGGAGAGGUGGCAGAACAACAAGAGGCAGGACUUCCGCCAGCUGCUCAUGGGAAUGGCCGACAGGAACAUCCAGUAUUACGAGAAGUGCCUCAUGGCGUGGGAGUCGAUUAUUCCACUUCUGCAGGAGAAACAAGAGGCCAAAUAA